UCAUACAAGUGGAUAAGCAAUACAAGCGGAAAGAGACCUUUGACCUCAGAUUUUUCUCGACAGUGCUCUCAACGGGAAGUUUAUAAAAGAAGCAUCCCUGAAACUGGACCGGUCGGCUAAUUCUUGCCGGAUUAAUGGCAUAAAAUAAAGUUCAUUUUUGCCCCUAAGGCGGAUACCAAGUGGCUAAGGAAGAGAUAAAUACCUUCGCGAUCAUUAUAUCACUCUAAUAAAAGGAUACUUCCGCUGAUUUCGGACCUUCAAACUGUAUUACUAUUCAAACUUUUUAUUUUUUUAAACAGCGUUAACUGCAAAAGAAUUUCUUAGCAUGUUAAUCAAGGAUUCAAAAAUUUACAAGCCUAGGGGCAUUGAAUUCUUCAAAUAUGAUACAAUUGUACUAAAACAUCAUGGUUAGACUAUAAAAAUAAAAUUGUUGGCGUCGAACUUUUAUCUUAAAUUAAUCGAGUUGUCAUCCAAAAGAGUUUGAAGUAGAACUGAAAGUCGUGGUUAACAGAAGAAAAUGGAGUUAAGAGGUUUUUUUGCAGUGAGUAUACCAAAUAAGGGCCAAUUUAUUUAGCCGCAUCAUUCUAAGUUUGCGAUUAAUUCUGGGGACCGAGUUUUGUGAGAUGAGUUUUACGGACGGGGCCUGCAAGAAGUGCUUUAUUCAGAGUUUACAACUUAAAACAAAGUAUUUCUCUUUUUAUAUGCAGUCGAACCUCCCGAAAUGCAAAGGUUUAGGGCGGGUCACUUAGGGUUUAUCUCCACUGUCGCGUAACUUUUCCGUGCGAAUGCACGUAAAAUUUACAUGCGUUAAUGAGAUAGAGGCAAUGUAUGAAAGGCCGUGCGUAAGCGUAAAAGUUGAACCUAGCUCACCUUUCACGCUUACGCGUGAACGUCCAUACAUUGCCUCUAUUUCAUUUACGCGCUUAAAAUUCCUUUACGGGAACGGAGGUCGUCGCUUACAAGAAUCUAGCCACUUUUUGCCGUAGAAUUUAUUGCUUGCAAUUUCUAAGUCACGUAUGCAUGUAAUUUUGUUUUUGACACUUUACAAGUUCUCAGAAUCGAACCACUUUUUGCCGUAGAAUUUAUUGCUUGCAAUUUUUAAGUUACGUAUACCUGUAUUUUGUUUUGACACUUCAUACGUUCUUCGUUGAGCGUCGUAGUACUUACAGCGAGCAACAAUGCAUCAAGUGGUCACCGGCUUACAGGAGAUUAAAUAUAAUGGGAAACAUCUAGCCAAAAAGUGGUCAAAGUCGCUUACGAGAGGUUCUAAUCAUUGAGAAUUGACUGGGACAAAAAGUUUUUCUAGGCAGGUGGUCGCUUCUAAUGGGAGGCGGUCGCUUACGAGAUCUUACGAAGGGUAGUCACACACAGAGGUUUGACGGUAUUUUGAGUUUGAGGGUAAACUAUCUUCGAAUUUAGUUUGAUUUUUGUUUCAACUUAUAAUAUCUGCUUUCUUUGUUCCUAGACUGUUUUCGCCUUUUUGUUUACUGUGGAAGUAUACUCUCGCCCUUUUAUCAGUUUUGACUCGGUAAAGCUAACUGUCAGUGGUUGCACUAAUGGUGGGUUUUAUAUGAGAAUUAACACGAUAAAUUGUGAAAAUAAAAACUCGCGAAUGGAAUGCCCAGCGAUGGCGGAUGGCGAAACGAACAGCAGUCCAAGCACACGUAAGUUGGCGGGUUUCUUGAUGUUGUUCUACUGCUCUCAGUCACUUUCCAUCUCAAAAUUAUUUUAAAACGGAAAAAAAUUUACAAGCAGAAAAUUUCAUAUUUUAUUACUAACGGACGAUCGUGCCGAAAAGACACGGAUUCAACAACAGGCAAGUUCGCGAGUUUCAUGAAGUGAUUCGACUGCCGUCAGUCACUUUCCAUCUCAAAAUCAUUUUAAGAUGGAAAAGAUUUCUACAAGCCGAAAAUUUAGCCGUAUUUUAUUACCAAAGGCAAUCGCACGACUGCGGGAACCAUGUGGUUUGGCUAAUUUCUAAGUUAUUGGCGAUACAGCGUGAUUUUCGAUACACCCCACCCCCACCCGUGGAAAAAUCGUUUUCACUUCUCCAAGAAAUAUUUAAUUUUGCAAUGUUAUUCUUCUUUUUACCUAAUUUUGAUAAAUUGAAAAUUUGUCUCCUAUUAUCCCCUUUGGCUCUCUCUGGUUUGAUCAGGAAUGUGUCACCACUUGACAGAAAAAUAAAAUGUGAGAUUUUCUAAAAGUCACUGGUGCUAUGUCAUAAAGCUUAUAUAUUGGUGUUAUGUUUCUGCAGUUUUUACGUUGGAAAGAAAUACAUCUAUAGCCAGACUGAAUAAGCUGAGAUGCAUCUCUUUCAACAACACCUAUUCACUUAUGGUACAAGGAAACAAUGUCAGCUUCGUGGUGAGUGAGUAUAAGGCUUAGUAUAAGGCUUAAAAUUGUGAAACAAUCAUCCUUUUUAAAAAAGGACCUUACGAUUAUCCUUUACUGCAGCAAUAGAUUUGAUAAAUAGGUUCCCGAUAACUCAAACCUUUAAGGAGAAUCGAGAGGAAUGCAAGUAUCAACCACACUCCACUUCAAGGACAACAAGAAAAAUGGAAUUUUUUUUGGAAAAAAGAACUUGAUUAAUCAGUACAGGGAUAAACAUUAUAUUUAAAUUGGACUAAAUAAAAAGUAAAGAUAAAGAAUACACGGUUGUUUUGAAAUAAAUUCAAUGUUUUGAAAUGCAGUUAACUGCUUUUUUUCGCCUUGUCACGCGCUUAAAUCCAUGGUUGGAGUUAGCGAGGGUGAAAUAAUUGUAUAGAAUGAUCCGAGGGGAAACAAAAAUUACUUCGAGGUAGCGGGAGGUUCGAGUUAUCAGGAGUCGACUGUAUUCUUGAAUUACUUUUUGUAAUUUUCUGGCUUAUUGUAAGAGUCUAUCGUAAAAAAUAAAUGAACAAAUAAAUAAAUAAAUAAAUAAUAAUAAUAAUAACAAUAAUAAUAAUAAUUAAUUUUUUUAUCUGUUGCUUUCACAGAAUGUUUCCUGUGAAAAAGGAGGCAAUAACGUUUGGUUUAAAUUUAAGAAGUUGCCCGAUGACUCAGGGAGUUAUCUUGGGUUUUUUAUACCAGGUAGUACGAUGUGUCUUACUCGCAGUUGUAAUGGAACCUUGUCUGUAGAGAAAGUUAACUCAACAACUGACCGAAAAUGCUUCUUUAGACAGAGAAUUAUUAGAUGAUAAGUUAAUACGACAGAACUGAAUGUGGACGAGGUUGGAAGAUUUCAUGUCCGGAAAAAGAUGGUGAUGUUGGCCGGAAAAAAUGUUGCCAGCUGCAUUGUUUAACCUCUAAAUAAUUUAAGUAGAAAAUAGGACAACCAUGUAACCAGUGUAGCCUUAAAUUAUAUUGCAAUAAAGAGAGCAGUUGUCCUUAAGUUAUUUUCUCUACUCUCUUAUUUUUUGCUUUCCUUUUUCUUGAAAUCCCUAAGUGAUACUUGAGCAGCAAAACAGAAUUUUGGUGGUCCAUUCCCUAUAAUUAAUACUUAACUCUGUAACUACACGUUAGAUCUAGACGGAAUAAGCUGAAAUGCAUCUCUUUCAACAACACCUAUUCACUUACGGUACAAGGAAACAAAGUAAGCUUCCUGGUGAGUGAAAACACUAAAGAAACUCCCUCUGCAAGCUUACAGUUUUGAAACCGAAAAAUCCUUUUCGAAAAUAGACUGUCCGAUUAUCUUAUACCGCAAUAGAUUUGAUAAGUAGGUUCAAUUUUGCCGGUGAGUGUCUUUUUAGUUAGUUAUCACAACUUCGACGUCAAAAUGUGGCGAGAGCAAAACGAUAGCAAAGCCCUGCCGUAGGAACGUGCGUCAGCUUACCAUAAGAUCAUUAGCAGGUAAUCGAUGACACCACACAUGGCAAAAUGAUCUAUGAGUCUGUUAUUUUAGAAAAGUUAGAACGCGGUUUAAAGUCGUUGGCUCUCAAAAGUCGUUCACAAGUACUUUUAAGGAGAGUUCUAGGCGGGAAAAUGUGAUGCCCCGAGAAUGGCCGGGACUUUUUUCGGAAGUACUACCCGUUGCACUACCACAAUAGAUGCAGUGAAUUUCUUGCUUUCGGAUUGGCUGUAGUGGCAUGGGAUACUUUGAGGUACUGUAUAAAUGGUUAUCGGAUGAAUGCUAUUUAUAUUUUUAGUUAUGUUACUCUAAAUUCUGUGAAGCCUUUUCACUCAUAUGGCCUACACCUAUGCAAAGUUAUUGCAACAAAAGGACGUUUUUACAUAGGAAAAAGUUUCAACUCCCGCGGUAAUGGUUAGGAAAACCAACAAUGCCGCCUUUCUAUUGCUUUUGGGACACUAAUAUGGCGGACGUGUUGUCAUGUAAAAGUGCUCUUUUUAAAACCCAAGAGACAUUCAAUCGGAUUCUUGGGUGAAAAGUAUUGCUGGAAGAGCAUUCCUAAGAAUCCCUCUCAAUUGAUAAUAAUCGUCACUAGUAAUAAUUUCACCAUUGAAUUGUUACAUAUAGAAGAUACAGUCGAUCUUUUUUGCUUUUUCAGAAUGUUUCCUGCCAUAGCAAAGAUAAUGUCAAUAAAGUUUGGUUUAAUUAUAAAAAAGAAGAAAUCAUCAGUGACUAUACACGUUAUUGUGAUGUGUUUUACUACAAACAAGGUGGAAGUUUCAUGUGUCUUACUCGCGACUGUACUGGAACCUUGAAUGUAACUAGUGUUAACUCAUUAAAAGACCGAAAAUGUUUCUUUUCUCCUUAUAAUAAUUGAUGAUAAGUUAAUGUAACAGAACAGAAUGGGGUUUUUACUUGUAACGUUAAAGUUGUAUGGCAUUCCAUAGGAAGAAAUGAACUAGAUUUUUAAAGCUAUGGUGCUACCGUUAAUAUUUCUUACCGUUAGUCACUAACAUUCGCAGUGCACAUUACCAGAUUCUCCGCCACGGUUAAUGACUAACCAAGUUAAAAAUGAGAGGAUCUUGACCGCUGGCCGUCUGUUUGCAGUCAGCUGAUAUGCAUAAUUAUGCCAAUGCAGCCAGCACGACAUGCUAACAUCGAACAGUAUCGAGUAAUCGCCAAAGCUAAUAGUCAAUUAAUCAAAGGGCACGAUACUGGGGGGCGGGGGGGGGGUACUUGGGUUAAUUUUUGCAUGGGUGUGUGCCGCUGGCCUCUCAGAGCCACUAGCCCAUUAUAGUAGUUUACUCCGUGGCCAAUUAUACAGACCCCAUAUUAGUCACUUUGGGGCAAAUAUGCAAUUUUCGCCUUCCCAACUAAUUAGUCACUUUCUAUUUUUAUGAAUUGACCCAUGUUUUAGAUUGAAUGAAGAACACUUUACUUUUCUUCUACAGUGCAAACAUUCUGGUACGUUUGCUAACCGUAAAUAUGAAAAACUAGUGUCUUACCCUUAAAAAUCGGAAAAUGUGCGACCCCAUUAUAGUCAAUCCAGUCGUGAAAAUGCGACUGCAUCCAACGGCACAUCCCAUCAUCCAACGGCACAUCCCCCGGUACUGACUGCGUUAAAUAGUACAACUUCAUGGGAAACGCCUGCCGAAGACUCCCAACCUCCUGAGGACGAGGUUGAAAGAUUCUAUGUGAAAAAGGUGGUGAUGCUGGCCGCAAAAAACUAAAAUUAAACCCGAAGAAAGCCAGGCCUGUAGCGUUCUCAGCUGCAUUGUUUAACCUGUAAAUAAUUAAAGUAGAAUUUAGGACAACCAUGUAACCAGUGUAGCUGUAAAUUAUAUUGCAAUAAAGAGAGCAGUUAUUAUUAAACUAUUUUCUCUCCUCUCUUCUUUUUUGCUUACCUUUUCUUGACAUCCCGUGAAGUGAUACUUGAGCAGCAAAACAGAAUUUUAAUGGCGGUCCAUUCCCUAUAAGUAAUACCUAAUUCUGCAACUGUGUGACGACGAAUAUCCGCGCCCUUUCAUUCUGGAGCUAAUCAUUAAGCAACAGUCAUCCGUGUCUCAGUUUGUCGGAAAUGGUGACAGUGAAUUGAAACGGCUGAAGUCCACUGAAGGAUGUGCAUGAAUGAUAUGUUCGUUGACGACACCCCGCUCGCCACAUGCAACAAAAGCUGAUUUCCAGGGCGGCGCGUAGGCAAACACGCAAUACAGAGGCAAUUUGGUGUUCCGUGGGGAUGCAAAAUGUGACAAAUUUUUAGAGAAUAAUUUAUUUCGUAAAAAUUUACACAAUGCAGCUAGUUUUACAAUAUAUGUUGGUGCGAGUUUUGGAGAAUAAUAAACACAAAUUAAGGAGUCUGAGCGAUCCAACAGAGGGCAAAGACGCAAGUUUGUCUUUAACAGUGUUUAAAUUCGGAAAGCGAUUGUACUGAUUUGCGUCGUUAGAAAGAUUGUUCCAGUGCAUUGCACCACUAUACUUAAAACUACGUUUGAGGAAAUUCGUUUUUGGCCUUGGAAGUGCUAGAUCAGUUUCAAGAUUCCUAAGAUUACGGUUGAUGCUACUAUCAUUGAGUUUUGUAAAGGGCUGUUUGAUGGCCGGACAGAUUGAUCAUUGAAGAUUUUGUACAUUAGGUAGCCUUGACAAGUGAGCGACCAAAUUCAACAGCCUGUCCGAUUAGUUUGAUAAGCUUCCAAAUCCAAAAAUUAAAUUACAUAAAACAUUUCGAAGUGAAACUGAUAACGAGAAAUUUAUAGGAGCAAGCGAAAAUAGAGAAACGAAAGAUAGCUUUUCAUAUCCAAGAAUAAAUAUAAACUUACCAUCUAGCUUACCAUCCGAUCCUUGAUCAAAUAAUUUUUGGCGACGCUGUUUUGCUUAGCCUACAAAUAGUUUUAGAGAUGAAAUCAAGUUCAAAUUAGUUUAAUGAGAUAAAUGAAAAAGAAAGGCGAAAGGGCUUUCAACAAUGAAAACGUACAGAGAGUAAAAAUGCUCGGUUAACCUCUUUAUCCUCUCUACUCUCCAUGGCUGCUGGACAUCUUUCAUCAGCGCGGAAAAGUUACUGACAGCUCGCCCGCUUCCAAAAACUCCGCCCCAAGUGAGAUCACCGAGUUUGUCUAGGCCUCAAAAACUUUCUCGGACCACGUGAUCCGAAACGCAUCGGCCGCGCAUAAUAAUGAGGCCUAGGGACGAGGCAAGGUCAGAGUAACCGUAACACCAUCUUACCGAUAGUCGUAAAACGGCCAAAAAUUUAGUCGAUAGCCGUAAAAAUUGAAAAAUUUUAACCGUUAGCCGUAAAUAGGGUAAAAAGAGUUAACCGUAAAAGAAAUUGUUCCCUAGGUUUGCUACUUUUAAGGAAGGUACUAAACUCACUUAUGGUUGCGUUUUUUAUUUCCCUGCUACUGUGGUUCCGUACGCGUGUUAGGUAAAUCGUCUUUUAGGUGUUGACCAAGACCCUGCUUCCAUUUCCGCCGCUCCCUCGGGGAACUAAUUUUUUUUCCAUAGCGAAAGUGUGGCUUCUUGAUGGGGAUUAAUAUUUGCGAUUUUCAGGAGGUCGUGCCCUCGAAACACUAGUGAAACAACACGCAGAGAUGUCACUGUUGUAAAACAAGUUGCCGAUAAACAACAUUUCCCUGUUUUUCUCUGACGCUACGGUAGACAUUGCCAUGCCUAGUCUCUGUACGGCGUCUUCCCACGCAAUCUCGGUCAAGGCAUUUCGGUGGCGAACUCGCUUGGACCAUGUGACCCGAAACGCAUUAGCCGCGCGAAAUAAUGAGGCCUACGGACAAGGCAACGGCUGACAGUGGUUCCGUACAGUCCUUCGCUAUCAUUAAAAACACUGGACACGUGAAUUUUGUUAUUGGCCGUUUUCACACUGGAGCUAGAAACGGAUUAUCCGUCUGAGACUAGCCUGUGUACAGCCGCCCCCUUCCCAACGGACCUCCUUCUCCGAUUUUUUUUUGAGGGGAGAGGGCGGCUGUACACAGGCUAUCUGGAACGGAUGAUCCCGUCUUCAAACUGUCCGUCGAAAUUAAAGGAUAAAGUCAGGCGGAUUGUUCAUUCAAAAUUAAAACGAUUCCAUUUUCAAAUUAAGACGUAUUACCUGUCUGACGCGGAUCAUCAAACGGAUAACCCGUCUCACACGAAAAAUCCGUCUCCAGUGUGAAAACGGCCAUUUCUGUUGUAAUGAAUGUUGCGUCCCGACCUUGAGUUGGGCGUUCACGUGUGUGCUUUGCUUUUUCACAAAGAUUAUUUUUAAAUUGACUAUUGACAUUUCUAUGUGUAAAAUAAUAUUAAAAAUGGAAUACUUUAUAAAAAGUAUGAUCUAUCAAAUGUUAAAAUUUUUCAAAAGAAUAGCUUAUUUCACAUCCCGAGAUGAUCUUAAGACCUUUAUUUUGCUUUAAAGGUACAAAAAAUACAGGUUAAUUAAUAUUUAACUUUUUGAAACAAAAGAAGUUAAUUUUUAACUUUUUUUGUCAACCGUAACUGAAAAAAAUUAGCCGAUAGCCGUAAAAGAGCCAAAAUUUUAGCCGAUAACCGUAAAUGCCACCACCCCAUUGAGACCCUCCAUCUUGCCGUUAGUGAUUCAAGUUCUCGACACCAACUGUCGAUGAUCAGUAUAGAUUAGUCUUGUCGAGAAUCGGCUUCGUUCCACUAACAACUCCACGACUGUUCGCGCUACUAAGGCCUCGAUUUCGCCCCGUGUAAGCGAAUCCAAGACAGUCUUGGAUUCUAGAUUGCACGUCGUGGAUUCCUGAUUCCAGUCCUUUUCAGUGGAACAUGGAUUCUGGAUUUCAAUCUUUAACAGGAUUCUGAAUUUCCUGAGCUGUAUUCUGGAUUCUACAAGCAAAAAUUUUCGCCGGUAUUUUGCAUUUCACGAACAAAAAUUUUCCGGAUUCUUUUACGUGGGGUGACUCUAUCGUAAGACUUAGGGCCUUAUUAGCUAGAAUAUUGUCUUUUAAUUUCAAAAUCCUCUAUCUCACUAAAAUAAUGAUUAAGAGACAACCAAGGAGGAAGGAGUGAAAAAGGGUAAUACCCCUAUGGAAUGUGAUUUGAAAGGUCUUUUUAAAAGCACAGUUGAGGAAACGAAGUUGAAAGAAAAAUAUACCAUUUCUUCUAUUUGGAAAAAGUCUUUUCGGGAUCUAUAUUAUCAGUUUCAGUUUCAGUUUCAGUUUCAAUCGGUUCUCUUUCGGCUUCGUUUAAAAACUCUCUGAUUUAAACCGCCAAAUGAGAACUCUUUUGAAACAGUUUUAAAUUACUUGUUUCAUUGAUUAUUCAAUGCUCGAAGGACUCUGACAUGAUUUGCAGUCACGCUAAGCCAGGAUUCUAUAAAAGGACUGAUUCAGGAGCAGGCGGUUGACAGAUUAUUAAGUCUGAAAUGUAAUUCGUCUCUUCCCCAAUCUCCCAACGGGCUCUCUAGUGUAUGUAGAAUGCAGAAGACUAUUAAACUGCCUCUAUUUCUAUAUAAUGGGUAAUCUGAAACACUGUUUCAGACAACUAAUUAUUUAGAAAUCGAGGCAGUUAAGUCGUUAGACGAUUCAAAUCUGCAUUCUGCAUAAGAUGACAGAAAUUUUAACUAGCCUAGUGACUGUGUUAAUUAACUACUCAUUCCGGAUACUAGAAUGAUGAAAUGAAUCUGAUAUUGACAAUGACUAAUUCACAUAAAUACCAAAACGUUUCCGGAAAAUCCGGUCGGAAAGUAAGUUGAACACGACUUUUUGGGUCAUUCCAGUGGAAAAUUUCCAGGAGCAAGAGAAUAUCUGAAAAAGUAAUUCUGUUUUUCCUGACGGAAAUUCGUGUUCUGUUGAAAAAGUCAUAUUUGAUACCAUGCCGGUUUCAGGCUUUCGCAGCCGUUUUCCCACAGAUGGAACUGGUUUGUGAAAAUGGCCGGAGGGAAAUUUACGUUUUGUAAAAUUUGCUUACCAUUUUUAAACAGUGAACUGACCGGUUUGCCCACUAGAAACUUGAAGAUCUAACUGUAUUCGGUCAAAUUAACAAAGCUGUCAUAGGAAGGCAUUUAAUUUCAUUUCAUAGGAAGACAUAUGAAGACUUUCAUAAAAAGACCAGCGGAGAGCUCUCAAAUGAUUAUCCAUUUGCUUAACUUUGUGAUUUUUUUUAAUUUAUUAGCCAUUGCGAAAGAAUUUCAUAUCUACGUAACCUUAAUUUUACAAAGCACUGAAGUACACUGAAUUACGAAUCAUCCGCGUACGUACUGCGUUUUACAUUUCUAUGAGGACUCACUCACCCACGCAAGCCAGAAUGACAAACGGCCGUAUAAACCAGCAAUUUAGCUGAACAGCUGAAUUUUAGCCUGCGAAGCAAGCGAGCAAAAAAGAUCCUCCAUACCUAUUGCAGCUGUCGUUUCAACUUUCGCGAUUGGAAACGCUUGCUACACAGGCGAAUUCAAGCUGAACUAAUUCUUGCUAAUUUGCUUUUAUAAUACCCAAUACUAAAUGUAAACAGUGCCAAGCUACGCCAACGCACAAGAAGUUUGUCUGAUGAAGAAGAAACUAAAAUUAACCUUGAUCUGCUAGAUCGCCAAAAGCAAUGUAACAUGAUUCGAUUGUAUAAUAAUCCACUGGAGUUUAGGUGUUUGGAAGACUAAGAUCACAUACUCAACGUUUGUUUAACGUUCAACUUAAGAAUUAGAAAUUCAGUUAUUAAAGAGUUAUAGUCAUUAUAGUAAAAUAUUAAUCACAAAAUCAACAGUUUAACUUUACAGGUACUUGUAUAUAGUAUAUGUGUAGCAUAAUAAACGAAUACAGAAUGAUAAGUCAUUGAAGUGCUAGAAAGCAUUCUUAUGUAAAGUUCCUCUACUGUAAAUGUCCCGGGGGGGAACUCCCUUAUAUAAGCCAUAUAGGUAUGUGCCGCCCCGAACGAAAUAUAUAUUUUUUAGCCGUUUUGGUCUGAAAACGGGUCUACAUUUUGCCCAUUUUGGUCUGGAAUCGGGUAUCGUUUUCGAUGGAACUACGGGAGUGUAUGAACGUAUUUGUUAUUUCAGUUCCGAAAUGAAUACUGAGAAAGGAAGAGUAAUAUACGAAUUCGAAGUGGAUAGGGUCACGAUUUGGAGAGCAAGGCGGCACAAACCAAAGGGAGCUCACACAACCUGUGUGUGUAACCAUAACUUCAAAAUUUCCAAUCUAUGCGGUUCAAAGAUUUCCCUUUUUUUGUACAUAAAAAGUCCACAUAAAGAAGUGCACUGGGUAUAGACGCCUUUUUGUAUUGAAAACACAGUGUUCUUUUCCAAUGACUGUAGUUGAUAACAAUCGCAAAACAACCGUAGACGAUUUGCGGAUAAGUAUAUCAUAAACUUUGGAGUCUUUAAGCAACUUAAAGCUAGGGACGGUACGCCUAACUUCAUUAAUUUUCAUCCAGAGCUCGAUGGAGACAACGGCCCCCGUAAAUUCAGCACUUUGCAACUCUCAGUACUGAAUAACAAAUUAAAAUACGAUGGUGAUUUAAAAGAAAACAUUGCGAAAUUCGCAUAGAUAAAAGCGGUUAUUAGUCGGAUGAGGUCCUUCGUUUGCAGGGAGCCAGCUAGAAGGCAUAUGAUAAACCAAUACCCACCUUUACAAGGACCAUUGCAAUUUGUACAAUUAAUAUGUUUUAUGUCGCUUCAGGCUGUCUGUCGCUUCAGUCUACAAGGAGAAAAUUAAAAGAACGUCUUUUAAUUCAGCCGAAGUAGUUUCAGUUAGGUUUGUUGGAAAAAAUCAAGAGCUGGGAUAUCAUAUAAAAUUAUAAUGCAGUGUUAGUGUGUGGUUGGUAGACCGUUACUAAGUGUCUCUUGCAACAGGCGUCCGCCCUCGUGGGAAGACUGAGUGAAGGGUGGGCUGAGUUAAAUCAAAUUUUGCCGGUCUGUUCAUAGGCAGUGAUGCAAUGACCUAAGCACGAUAAGAUAAAUUAGUUUCAAUAGUGUCAGGUAAAAAUCGAUUAUAUUUGAUGCAGGUUUAGGAAAUGCAAUAAAUAAAUCGACAAAUUUCACCGGCCAGGUUAAAUAAGGAUACUGCUAUUAGCACAUUUCAUGGCUAUAAGAACUUCCAGUGAUAGGUUAAUUAGUUCGUACAAAUGUUUUCCCGGGGCGUUUCACCAUCCUGCGUUUGCAAAACAAAACUACAGCUAGUUUGUUAAGGGAAAGAAAGUCGGUUAACUUUUAUGUUGUACGAAUAAACCUAGCCUGAAAAAAUUCCAGAAAUUGUAUCAAUUUUUCAGGCGCCUUUUUUGUGAAAGAAACUUGUAGUGAGUAGUGAGUAAUGAUUCUGUAGGGUAUGCUUCGUCUUAUUUUAUACUGAAGAAUUCAGUGGCCUUCAACUGAGAGAAUUAGCAACGUCAAAUUAUACGCUCCUUUGCAAGGUAUAUAAAUCAAUGUUAAAUAAACGUUGAAUUACCUAACCUGUGGUGUAUUGUCGUCCUUUUGCUUGACUGAAAGCGGUUUUUUGAGCGAUUUUGAAGGAUUUUGAGUCUGCCGUUUACCGGUUCCUUCUAUUAUAAGCCGAACCAUAGGCCUACGGGCCGAGGGGGCGAGGGGGGCUGCAGCCCCCCCAAAUUUUGGGCAACUCAGAUUUUUUGGGCAGCGAGAGAAAAUUUGGGCAAACCCAGUUUUUUAAGACGUUUCUGUGGUUUUAAAUCAUUAUUUUGAAGAGAUAAAUAUUUUCUAUUUUAACCUGAAAUUGGCGUAAUAAUCCAGUACUGUUACAUUCACACGAGACUGGUUGCCUAGCACGUAAUGAGUUUCUGGUUAUAAGGGAAGGGUAUCAUGUGCUGAUUUUUUUUUUUUAUUGUUGGGCACUGUGCUGCAAUGGGCUAUUUCCAGUGGUGAAUUGAUUAGAAUAAACUUCCGCCUAACUUUCUAGAAUCAUCUCCGCUCGUAGAACAGUGUAUGGCAGAUAGCAGCAGCAAUGGGUCUGAAAGUGAAGAAGUGGCUGACUAAUUCUCAGUUUGAAUUACGCGAAGAAUCUUGAUUUUCUUAAAAAAAAUCUAUCGAGUGGUUUAAAAAUUAUUCACUAAUUUGUUAAAGUAGACCGAAAUGUUUACAAAACCGCUAACAAGAGCGCCAUCAUACAUACUAAUCAAAUCCUUUUUUGUAGCAAUUGGCCAGAGCUAUCUCCAUGAUCUUUCACUCACGUUUUUCAAAAGAUUGAAACUACUGUGAGGUGAAAUUGCAUGUCAAAAGCGCUUCAUUUUCUACAGAUAACGGACAAACAUCAAGAUUUUCCUUUUUUUACCGUAUUUCUAACGAUGAAAACUUUAUCCCAAAAUAUCUCCGCAACGCUGUUACAGAGGAAAAUGCUCCCGUGAACGAUUUUGGAGCAGUUCCCAGUGAGAAAUGUUGCUGCAAGUAUAAUAGGUAAUGGCGUCAUUUUGUUGCUAUGACAACUCCGAUGUUAUUGCAACCCGGAUCAUAACAAAUUUUCAUCUUUAUCUAAUACAACUGUGGUGGUAAUUUUUCCAAAUGUUUGUUUAUGGUGGCGUAGUCUAUGCUCAAAAAAACUUCAUGGUAUUGACCCUGAAAAACUGUAUCGAGCCACCUUCAUAUGCUAGUACGGCCUAUGUUGUUGCAUCGUAUGGCCCUCGUUUCUGUUCGACUGUUUCGUAAAAAUUUGGGCAACUUACAAGAAUUUUUUGGGCAAAUGGUUUACUGCCCCCCCUAGCAAAAAAUUGCCCGUACGCCUAUGAGCCGAACAGUAAACGGCAAACUAAAAAUCCUUCAAAAUAGCUCAAAAAACCGCUUUUGAGGCAAAAGGACGACAAUAUACCACAGGUUAGGUAAUUCAACGUUUAUUUAAAUGUAUCUAUGAUAAUGAUAACUACAUACAUACAUACAUGGUUUACUUGGUUAGCAGGUCAAUAAUGGCAGCUUAUACAGCUGAUGUGGACAAAUAUGAUAAAUAAACUAAAAUAUAAAAAUAAUAAAUAAUUAAGAUUUUACAAAGAAAGCAUUCCGAGUAAUUGUAACGAUCAAUUAAUAACACUGAAAGAUCAGUCAAGUUCGCGGGUUUUGGUUUUAAAUUCCAAAUGAGACAAGAUCUCGAUAGUUACUGAUUUUGAACUUCCUUAGGCAACGUUCGGUUAACUGAAUUUGCUAGUGAUGAGUGCAUUUCAGGGCAUUCGUUUGUUUUACCACUUACUCGGCCUAUGCUUGAGAUCUCUAAGGCAACAUUAUGUUACCUCAUAUAGACUAAAUGUGGGUGAUGGAGUAAUUAAGUUUGAGUAACUGAUAUAUGAAGGGUUCAGGGUUUCGUUAAUCUUUUGUCUAACGAUUGUUACAUAGAUAAUGAUCGCCACGUUUCGACCGUGUACUGCGGUUCGUCGCGAUCAAUAUCUAUGUGACGGUCGUGAGCCAAACAAUCAGAACGAAACCCUUUAUACACAUUAUUCACGAUGAAUAAUAUAUUUCAUGUCGUUAAAACUGAUAUUUAAGAAUAUUCUUCAUAAAUACCAUUGAAAUGAAUUACCAACGGUUUUCUCAAUAUAAAAUCAUCAAAGCCAUGAUCGCGAAUUCAGUCAGACUGUGACAACUUAACCCUCCGUUUACACGAUAGAUGAACAUCGGUCCAGAAAAAUGAUUUCUUAUGCCUCACGCUUCGAUAGUCAUACAAGUGGAUAAGCAAUACAAGCGGAAAGAGACCUUUGACCACAAAUUUUUCUCGACAGUGCUCUCAAAGGGAAGUAGUAAAAGAAGCAUCCCUGAAACUUGACCGGUCGGGUAAUUCUUGCCGGAUUAAUGGCAUAAAAUAAAACUCAUUUUUGCCGCUAAGGCGGAUACCAAGUGGCUAAGGAAGAGUUAAAUACCAUCGCGAUCAUUACAUCACUCAAAAGGAUACUUCCGCUAAUUUCGGACCUUCAAACUGUAUUAACAUUCAAACCUUUUAUUUGUUUAAACAGCGUUAAUUGCAAAAGAAUUUCUUAGUAUGUUAAUCAAGAAUUCAAAAUUUUACAAGCUUAGGGGCAUUGAAUUCUUCAAAUAUGAUACAAUUGUACUAAAACAUCAUGGUUAGACUAUAAAAAUAAAAUUGUUGGUGUCGAGCUUUUAUCUUAAUCGAGUAGUCAUCCAAAAGAGUUUGAAGUAGAACUGAAAGUCGUGGUUAACAGAAGAAAAUGGAUUUAAGAGGUUUUUUUGCAGUGAGUAUAUCAAAAAAGGGCCAAUUUAUUUAGCCGCAUGCUACCUCAGUUCUAAGUUGGAAUUUCAUAAUUCUGGGGUCCGAGUUUUGUGAAAUUAGUUUUACGGACGGGGCUUGCAGGCAGUGCUUUAUUCAGAGCUUACAACUUAAAAAAAAGCAUUUCUCUUUUUAUAUGCAGUCGAACCUCCGAAAAUGCAAAGGUUUAGGGCGGGUCACUUAGGGUUGAUUUCCCCUGUCGCGUAGUUUUUCCGUGCGCAUGCAUGUAAAAUUUAGGUGCGUAAAUGAGAUAGAGGCAAUGUAUGAAAGGCCAAAAGUAAGCGUAAAAGUUGAACCUCGCUCAACUUUCACGCUCACGCGUGAAAGUCCACACAUUGCCUCUAUUUUAUUUACGCGGGUAAAAUUACGCGACAGUGGAUAUCAACCUUUACGGAAACGGAGGUCGUCGCUUACAAUAAUCGAAUCACUUUUUGCCGUAGAAUUUAUUGCUUGCAAUUUCUAAGGCACUUAUGCAUGUAAUUUUGUUUUGACACUUUUUAAGUUCUCAGAAUCGAACCACUUUUUGCCGUAGAAUUUAUUGCUUGCAAUUCAGUAAGUUACGUAUACGUGUAAUUUUGUUUUGACACUCCAUAAGUUCUUCGUUGAGCGUCGUAGUACUUGGCUUACAGGAGGUUAAAUAUAAUGGGAAACAAUAAAAACAUCUAACCAAAAAGUGGUCAAAGUCGCUUACGAGAGGUUCUUACUGAUUGAGGAUUGACUGGGAUAAAAAGGUUUUCUAGGCAGGUGGUUGCUUCUUAUGGGAGGCAGUCGCUUACGAGAUCUUACGAAGGGUAGUCACACAUAGAGGUUUGACUGUAUUUUGAGUUUGAGGGUAAACUAUUUUCGAAUUUUGUUCGAUUUUUGUUUCAACUUAUCUUAUCUGCUUUCUUUGUCGCCAGACUGUUUUCCUCUUUUUGUUUACUGUGGAAGUAUACACUCGCUCACGGAGUUUUAGUUAUAUAGAUGACGACGGUUCUGGGUGCACUAAUAAUAAGGACCGUUAUAUGAGAAUUAACAUGGCCAAGUGUGAAAAUAAAAACUCUCGAAGGGAAUGCUCAGCGAUGGCGAAUGGCGACACGAGAAGCAAUCGAAACACACGUAAGUUGGCGGGUAUCUUGAUGUGUUCUACUGCUCUCAGUCACUUUCCAUCUCAAAAUUAUUUAAUAACGGAAAAAAUUUACAAGCAGAAAAAUUUAUAUUUUAUUACUAACGGACGAUCAAUUCGUGCCGAAAAGAGACGGAUUCAAGAACAGGCAAGUUGGCGAGUUUCAUCAGAAGUGAUAUCGAUUCGACUGCCGUCAGUCACUUUCCAUCUCGAAAUCGUUUUAAGAUGGAAAAAAUUUCUACAAGCCGAAAAUUUAGCCGUAUUUUAUUACCAAAGGCAAUCGCACGACUGCGGGGACCAUGUGGUUUGGCUAAUUUCUAUAUGUUAUUGGCGAUACAACGUGAUUUUCGAUACACCCCGCUCCCCACCCGCGGAAAAAUCGUUUUCACUCCUCCUAGAAAUAUUUAAUUUUGCAAUGUUAUUCUUCUUUUUACCUAAUUUUGAUUAACUGAAAAUUUGUCUCCUAUUAUUCCCUUUUCUCUCUCUGGUUUGAUCAGAAAUGUGUCACCACUUGACAGAAAAAUAAAAUGUGCGAUUUUCUAAAAGGCAUGUUAUGUUUCUGCAGAUUUUAGGUUGGUGAAAAGGGGAAAAAAGAGUUGCAUCACUUUCAACAACACUUAUUCACUUAUGGUACAAGGAAACAAAGUCAGCUUCGUGGUGAGUGAAAACACUAAAGAAACUCCCUCUGCAGGCUUACAGUUUUGAAACCGAAAAAUCCUUUUCGAAAAUAGACUGUCCGAUUAUCUUAUACCCCAACAGAUUUGAUAAGUAGGUUCAAUUUUGCCGGUGAGUGUCUUUUUAGUUAGUUAUCACAACUUCGACGUCAAAAUGUGGCGAGAGCAAAAACGAUAGCAAAGCCCUGCCGUAGGAACGUGCGUCAGCUUACUAUAAGAUCAUUAGCAUUUUGAUUUCUCUCACGAUUCACAACUAAUCGAUGACACCACACAUGGCAAAAUGAUCUAUGAGUCUGUUAUUUGAGAAAAGUUAGAACGCGGUUUAAAGUCGUUGGCUCUCAAAAGUUGUUCACAGGUACCUUUAAGGAGAGUUCUCGGCGGGAAAAUGUAAUGCCCCGAGAAUCGCCGGGACUUUUUUCGGAAGUACUACCCUUUGCACUACCGCAAUAGAUGCAGUGAAUUUCUUGCUUUCGGAUUGGCUGUAGUGGCAUGGGAUACUUUGAGGUACUGUGUAAAUGGUUAUCGGAUGAAUGCUAUUUGUAUUUUUAGUUAUGCUACUCUAAAUUCUGUAGAGCCUAUUCACUCAUAUGGCCUACGCCUAUGCAAAGUUAUUGGAACAAAAGGACGUUUUUACAUGAAAAGUUUCAACUCCCACGGUAAUGGUUAGGAAAACCAACAAUGCCGCCUUUCUAUUGCUUUUUAAUUUGGGACACUAAUAUGGCGGACGUAUCGUCAUGUAAAAGUGCUCUAUUUAAAACCCAAGAGGCAUUCAAUCGGAUUCGUGGGUAAAAAGUCUUGCUGGAAGAGCAUACCUAAGAAUCCCUUUCUGAUACUUAUGUGUCUAUCGUAAUUGAUAAUAAUCGUCAGUAGUAAUAACUUCAUCAUUGAAUUGUUAAAAAUAGAAGAUAUACCGUCGAUCUUUUGCUUUUUCAGAAUGUCUCCUGCCACAGUAAAGAUAAUGUCAAUAAAGUAGUUUGGUUUAAUUAUGAAGUACAAGAUAUCAAGAGUAAGAAAGCACGUUAUCGUGUGUUUUACUACAAACAAGGUGGAAGUUUCAUGUGUCUUACUCGCGACUGUACUGGAACCUUGAAUGUAACUCGUGUUAACUCCCCAUUAAACCGAAACUGUUCCUUUUCCACUUAUAAUAAUUUAUGAUAAGUUAAUGUGACAGAAAAAAAUGGGUUUUUAUUUAUUGUAUGACGUAAUUCUUUAUCAAUUUAAGGUAAUUUCCCUAUUUUUAAAGUAUUUUUUACUUGUAACGUUAAAGUUGUAUCGCAUUCCAUAGAAAGAAAUGAACUGGAUUUUUAAAGACAUGGUGCUACCGUUAAUAUUUAUUACACUAGUCACUUAUUCUCCGCCACGGUAAUGAAUAAGCAAGUGAAAAAUGAGAGGAUCUUGACCGCUGGCCGUCUGUUUGCAGUUCCAUGGAGCCGAUAUGCAUAAUUAUACCAAUGCAGCCAACACGACAUGUUAACAUCGAACAGUAUCGAGUGAUUGCCAAAGCUAAUAGUCAAUUAAUCAAAGGGCACGAUACUGGGGGGAAUUGGGUUAAUUUUUGCUGGGUGUGUGCCGCUGGCCUCUCAGAGCCCCUACCCCAUUAUAGUAGUUCAUUCUGUGGCCAAUAAUACAGACCUCAUCUUAGUCACUUUUGGGCAAAUAUGUAAUUUUCGCGAUCCCAACUAACUAGUCACUUUCUGUUUUUUAUGGAUUGACCCAUGUUUUAGAUUGAAUAAAGAACGCUUUACUUUUCUCCUACAGUGCAAACAUUCCGGUACGUGUGCUAACCGUAAAUAUGAAAAACUAAUGUCACUCCCCUAAAAAUUCGGAAAAUGUGCGACCGCAUCCAGCGGCACAUCCGAUCAGCCUCUUAUAAGGAAGUAACCCAAACCCCCCCUGGGUACUGACUGCGUUAAGCAGCACAUAACUUCAUGGGAAACGCCUGGCGAAGACUCCCAACCUCCUGAGGACGAGGUUGAAAGAUUCCAUGUGAAAAAGGUGGUGAUGCUGGCAGGAAAUAACUGAAAUUAAACCCGAAGAAAGCCAGCCCAGUAGAAUUUAGGACAACCAUGUAACCAGUGUAGCCGUAAAUUAUAUCGCAAUAAAGAGAGUAGCUGUUAUUAAACUAUUUUCUCUCCUCUCUUCUUUUUUGCUUCGACAUCCCGUGAAGUGAUACUUGAGCAGCAAAACAGAAUUUUGGCAGUCCAUUCCCUAUGAGAAGUACCUAAUUCUGGGACUAUGUGACGAGGAAUAUCCGAGCCCUUUCAUUCUGGAGCUAAUCUUUAAGCAACAGUCAUCCGUUUCUCAGUUUGUCGGAAAUGGCGACUGUGAAGUGAAACUGAUGUCCACUGAAGGAUGUGCAUGAAUGAUAUGCUCAUUAUAAACGGGGUUUACUUACAGUAAGCUUCGUUGACGACACUCCGCUCACCACAUACAACAAAAGCUGAUUCCCAGGCCGGCACGUAGGCAAACAUGCAUUACAGAAGCAAUUUGGUGUUCACUACGGGGAUGCAAAAUGUGACAAAUUUUUAGAGGAUAAUUUAUUUUGUAAAUAUUUACAAAAUGCAGCUAGUUUUACAAUAUAUGUUGGUGGGAGUUUUGGAGAAUAAUAAACAUAGGUUUUAAAAUAUUUACACACAAAUUAAGGAGUCUGAGCGAUCCAGCAGAAGGCGAAGACGCAAGUUUGCCUUUAACAGUGUUUAAAUUCGGAAAGCGAUUGUGCUGAUUUGCCUCGUAAGAAAGAUUGUUCCAGCACAUUGCACCACUAUACUUAAAACUACGUUUGAGGAAAUUCGUUUUUGGCCUUGGAAGUGCUAGAUCAGUUUCAAGAUUCCUAAGAUUACGUUUGGUGCUACUAUCAUUGAGUUUUGUAAGGGGCUGUUAGAUGGCCGGACACUAGAUUCACCAUUGCAGAUUUUGUACAUUAGGUAGCCUUGACAAGUGAGCGACUGGUUUCGAGGUUUUUCCAUUUUAAAUUUUCAUUUACAAGCACAUCUACCGAUCUAAUGUCAUAUGAUAUGAUAAACCCGUUAAUCAUAUUAUUAAAGAGGCUUCCUGCGACCCAGACAUUAGAAUUUAGAGGUUUCGAGGGGACUGGUCGCUUACUACUUGUGAGGGCAGCCGGCUAUUUGCGAAAGCUUAAAAAUAUUUUAAACCGACCUCCACAUUUCAUCCUAGCUUUGUAUAAAUGACCCCCAUUGCUGUGGAAACUACGAAAUUCUAGCUACAAAUCUUGUCGAAGUUCAACACAUACAGUCGAACCUCCAUGAGCGACCACCUCUCGUAUUAAGCGACCACCUCUCAUAACGACCGCCAAUCCAAAACACCAAAAUGUAAGCGACCGCGACCACCUUUUGGGCCUGAAAGCUUAAUGAUUUUCUUAACCUCUUUUAAGCGACCACUUGACGCAUUCUCUGGUCUUUUUGCUCGCUGUGUGCACUGUGUUGCUUGGAAUGUACAAAGAAUUUUAGUGACAACAUGGAACUACACAUGGCGCAAUAAAUUAUCUUCCAUAAGGUAGAUAUGCCAGGACCUCUUCUCGGAUGAGGCCCCCUAAGGUUCGAUUCUUGUAAGCGACCAGCUCCCGCAAGUUUCCACUAAGUCUUUGCAUUUUGGGUGGUCGCUUACAGGAGGUUCGACUGUAGUUUAUCUGCAGUAGUGUUUUUAAGAUCGGCGUAUACCAUUCGCGGCUGCUGAAUUUAAUUUCAAUUUUGCUACUGCCUUUGUAUUACUUUCAUGAAAUUUAUUAAAAUGGCCCUCCAGGUAACGCUGCCUUAUCUGAAAAGGACCACCCAAAAUCAAUCAAGAUUUUGAAACUAUUAAUGAUCCCAUGGACAGAAAUCACGGACAUUUGAGCCCGCGCUGUGGCAUGCGGCUUUCUUCUUAACAAUAGAGAAUUUAAUAUGGCGGCCAAAAAGCGUGCUUUCCUCGUAGAUUACGCACAGAUUCAUAAUAUUUCACGUCGAUCCAACAGAAAAUCCAAAAGAAGGAAGAUGUACGAGGCAGAGAGAAUAAUCGAGCGGCGGAAAACCAAACACGUGAGUCGAUUUUUCAUGUCAAUCCUGAAAGUUGAUCCAUUUGUGUAG